UACCACAUUUUGAGCAACCUUAAAACAAGCUUCAAACAACAUGCUGCCAAAUACAAUCUCCCAUUCUUUGGAGCAGUGAAAGCCUACACAGAAAAGCAAUUCGAGUUCCACAUGGCUGAAUUGGAUGGAUUGGACAAACGCAUAAGACCUUACCUCAAAAAAAUCGGGUAUGAAAAGUGGUCAAGAAUUCAUAGCCAAAACAAGAGGUAUUCCACAAUGACCUCAAACAUAUCAGAAUCACUGAACGCUGCAAAUUUGGCAGCAAGGGAGCUACCAAUUACAACGCUGCUAGAAUGCUUGAGAGCAUUGGUGCAACAAUGGACGCAUACUAAUAGGACAAAAGCACACAACACCUUCACUAAGCUAUCACCAACUGGAGAAGACAUACUGUUGAAAAAUUACACAUACUCAUUGAAUCUGGAGGUUAAAGCAACAACAGAUUACUUGUUUGAGGUAACAAGAAUGAAAGAAUCGUGGGAAGUAGACCUAGAAAAAAGAACAUGCACGUGCAACAGGUUCCAAAUAGAUGAAAUGCCAUGCGGGCACGCAGUGGCCGUAAUGAGGGAGAUGAACAUGGACCCGUACACCUACUGUUCAGAUUACUACACAAAAAAAAUUGGCUGGCAACUUAUUCGGGGACGGUUACCCAAUAGGACACCAAAGUGA